AUGACGCCGGUCAGCAGCAGCGCUGCCAAGCAAAUCGCGGCGACGGCCAACAAUGAUGGCGAGAGGCCGGUGGGUUGCGGAGGUCAGCGAAGCUCAUUCCCGGAGUGGCUCCAACCACCCCCUGGUUAUAUCCGCGGUGGGUGCAAUCUGCACACCCUGGUUAUAACCAGGCUCGAGCCAUUUCUGUACCGACACGUGUAUAUUAGCCCUGACUGCGCGCGGCAGCGAGCCAUGGAGGCGUUCUUCUAUAUUAUUGACUCAAAACCACCAUCCUUUCUGGCCAAGAGCGUGCGUCGCAUCGUUCUCGAGUUCUUUGACGGGAGCGAGAUGGCUACCGAAGAACUCGUUAACCGCGUCUAUGCAGCACUCCGCCUCUGCACCGGAGUGCAGGAAAUCGUCGUAAACGCCUCUGAUGAAAUGGACAUUGGGCGGACAUUGUUUCCCAUCUUUUCUGCAAUGCCGCUCUGUCGCCUCGGCGUUUUCCUGGAAGAUCUAAUGCCCCAUCCAGUCGCUAUGGCGAGCCACGCGGCAGCAUUUCCAUUCCUUACGCACCUCGAGGUCUACGACAACGAGGGCCACAGCAGCCACUCCCGCGACCUGCUGCGUGUCAUCCCCUUCGUGGUGGCCCUUCCAAAGCUGACUCACCUUGCUCUUCACGUCCUCCUUGGUGCCACGGUCGUCAAGAAGAUCCUGAACGAGUGCUAUCAUCUCGAAGUACUUGCUUUCGUCACCCGCGCACCCCAUCCCAUCUUCUGGCCAUUCAUGGAAGGCAUUCAGCACCUCUCGCAGUCGCUCGGCGACCCGCGCAUCAUGGGCACCACUUGCGGGCAAUGGAUGGAGGCGCUGUCCGAUGUCCGUGAUGGGUUCUGGAGAGUUCUUGAGAUUUUCAUUGAUCAGAAGCGACGUGGGCUCAUACACGAUCACCAUGCUCUCACAGGCGACAUCCACGCUCUAACGACGACAGAUACUGUAGCGAAGCAGCUUCAGGCGUUGAUUGCUGAUAAAACUUGA